GCCGAGCGCGGAGCCAUGGGCGGGGCUGGGACCCGGGCCGGGCGCGCGGCGGCGGCGGCGGCGGCGGCGGCGGCGCUGGCGGUGGCCGGGCCGCUGCUUCUGCUGCUGCUGCUCGCUCGGCUCCCGCUUGCCGCCGCCGGCGACAGCUCGAAAAGCGACACCAGGCUGGUGCUGGAGCAGUUUUCACAGUCCCCCCAGAAGCUGGCAUUCUACAGCUGGUAUGGCAGCGCCAGGCUCUUCCACUUCCGCGUGCCCCCGGACACGGUGCUGCUGCGCUGGCUGCUCCAGGUGUCCCGGGGCAGUGGCCCGACCUGCACCAACAUGGAGAUCACCGUGUACUUCCGCUACGGCGCCCCUCCGGUCAUCAACCCACUGGGCACCAGCUUUCCCGACGGCACCUCCGUGAAGCCUUCCUUCUUGCUCAAGAUGCUGCACAGCAAUGCCUCCGUGAACAUCUCUCACCCAGCGCCCGGGGACUGGUUUGUGGCCGCCCACCUGCCCCCGUCAUCCCACAAGAUUGAGGUGAAGGGCUUCAUUCCCACCUGUGCCUACGUCUUCCAGCCUGACAUGCUGCUUGUACGGGUGGUCGAGGUCUCCGUCCUGGAGCCCGACGUGCCCCUCGCCCAGACCCUCCUCUCCCACCCCAGCUACCUCAAAGUCUUCGUCCCUGAGUACACCCAGGAGCUGCGGCUGGAGCUUCAGGGCUGUGCAGCCAACGGGAGCCUGGGCUGCCCUGUGCACCUCACCGUGGGCUCGGCCACCCUGCCUGGCAACUUCCAGAAGGUGCUCACCUGCAGCAACAGUACCCAGGCCUGUCGCCUGCUGCUUUCCUCACCGCCCUGGGACCGGUGGCUGCAAGUGACAGCCAAGAGCCUGGCAGGGCCCCACGUGUCUGUGGCUUUCCAUGCCGUAGCUGCCCUAACAGCCUGCAGGCCAUGGAGUUUGAAUUUCCAGCACCUUCUGCAGAGCAGCUUGAACCAGAGCAGCAGCGCCCUCUCUGGUCUGUUGCCCCCAAGCCCCGGCAGCCAAGAUCUGGGCAGGACCCAGGGGGCGGGUGGCGGCCCCUUCUGCCUCAGGAACUACCCGGUCCUGCGGGAGGACAUGGACGUGGUGUCUGCGCGCUUCCAGCUCCUGGACCGGGUCUCGGUGCCGGUGUGGUCAGAUGUGCCCUCACUGCUGCGGCUGCAUCUCAACACAGGCAUGGACAGCGGGGGCUCACUCACCAUCUCCGUGCAGCUCAACAAGACCGAGAUUGCCAACCGCACCUCGGUGGGGGUCUGCGUGACCGCCGCCUCGCCCUUCCUUGGCUUCAACGCUUCGCUCAACUGCAGCACAGCCUUCUUCCAAGGCUACCCCUUGUCUCUGAGUGCCUCGUCUCACAAGGCCAACCUCAUCGUGCCCUACCCAGAGACAGACAACUGGUAUCUCUCCCUGCAGCUCAUGUGCCCUGAGAGUCUUGAGGAGUGUGAGCAGGCCUCGGUCCUUGUGGAGACCAGCUUCUACUUGGUGCCCUGCCUGGACGACUGUGGACCCUACGGCCAGUGCCUCCUGCUGCGCAGACACGGCUACCUAUAUGCGGGCUGCAGCUGCAAAGCAGGCUGGCGCGGGUGGAGCUGCACAGACAACAGCACUGCACAGACCUUGGCCCAGCAGAGGGUGGCCGCCCUCUUGCUCACGCUCAGCAACCUCAUGUUCCUGGCUCCCAUUGCCGUCUCCGUGCAUCGCUCCCUCCUGGUGGAGGCCGCUGUCUACACCUACACCAUGUUCUUCUCCACGUUCUACCACGCUUGUGACCAGCCGGGGGACGCCGUGCUGUGUAUCCUCAACUAUGACACGCUGCAGUACUGUGACUUCCUGGGCUCUGGGGUGUCCGUCUGGGUCACCGUGCUCUGCAUGGCGAGACUGAAGGCAGCCCCGAAAUACGUUCUGUUUCUCCUGGGCACCCUGGUCUUCGCCAUGUCCUUGCAGCUGGACCGCAGGGCCGCCUGGAACAUGCUGGGGCCGUGCCUCUUUGCCGUUGUGGUUAUGGUCACCAUGUGGGUGUACCGCUGCGGGCGCCGACGCCGCUGCUACCCGCCCUCCUGGCAGCGCUGGGUCUUCUACCUCCUGCCUGGCAUCGCCAUGGCCGCUGUGGCCAUUGCCAUCUACACCGCCAUGAUGACCAGUGACAACUAUUACUACACCCACAGCAUCUGGCACAUGCUGCUGGCUGGCAGCGCUGCGUUCCUGCUGCCACCAAGGGACCAACACACCGAGCCCUGGGCAUGCUCCCAGAAGCUCACCUGCCACUAUGAUAUCUGCAGGAACCGCCAGGAAGAGCUGUACACAGUGACAUGAUGUGGCCCGCUUGGGGACACCUGCGGCUUUGAUGAUUUCUCCGGCCAGGGGCAGGACCAGGGGAGAGGGACCCUGUCCAGAUGGAUUUCCAGCUGAAUAAAAUUGCACUGCUGUGCUCUCA